AUUUGAACAGCUAGACGAUCGUUACACUUCACUUUGUCGCUAAACUCUUCAAGUGCUGCUCUGGACGCCGACGUUUUAAACAUAAUCAAAUCUUACCAAAAUGUCUUCAAGGGAUAUUUAUUACUCAGAAAAAUACUACGAUGACAUUUUUGAAUAUAGACAUGUUAUCGUUCCAAAGGAUAUGGCAAAAAUUAUAGCCGCCAAAAAGGAUUUAAUGGCCGAGAAGGAAUGGAGAGCUAUGGGCAUACAACAAUCACAAGGAUGGAUUCAUUACAUGUAUCACAAGCCUGAGCCACACGUUUUGCUGUUCAGGAGACCCAAGACCUGUUGAAAUUUCAAAUAUAAAAAUCCUCAUAUGUUCUUCAAAUGUAGAUUUCUACGCAGUGUAAAUAUGUCAAUAUUAUCUCUGAAUCUGGUGUUGUUGUUGAGAACGUCAUCCACAGACAGUAUUUUACAGAGAGAUUUAGAUAUCAACCAUGAGAGUUUCAGCGCUGGUUUCUCUACAUCAAGUUAAUGAAACAAUGCAUUUGGGGAUGGAAACUUGCAUCAUUUGAAAUAAAAACAUCACGGUUUGCUACUAUACCUUUUUGGUCAUACUUGUUUGGUGGAUUAUGCUUCGAAGAUGUGACAUUUUUUAUUCCUUAUAUUGUAUUUAGAAGUCAUAUCAGAUGAAUAACAAAACAUCUG